AAGCGGAACAGUUUUGAAACAUUUAAAUGUAUUAGGCCCAUAUAAAAUGCAGUGCCUAUAAGAAGAUGCCUUAUGUGAUAAAAUAUUAUACAUAAUUUGUGCAAAGUGUUUAUUUAAGGUUAUGUGUCGAAGUUUCGAAGCUGCAGUAUUACAAAAUCAUGAAUUUUUCACCAGGAACGGCCACACUUCUGGAAGAACUGGAUAAAAAGCUUAUGGUACUUCUUCGAGAUGGAAGAACGUUAAUUGGCUAUCUCCGUAGUGUAGACCAAUUUGCCAACUUAGUACUGCAUCGCACGAUUGAAAGAAUACACGUUGGAAAGGAGUAUGGAGAUAUACCUAGAGGAGUCUUCAUUGUGCGAGGAGAAAAUGUUGUAUUACUAGGUGAAAUUGAUAAAGAUAAAGAAGGAGACCUCCCUCUUCAGCAAGUGUCAGUGGAGGAUAUUUUGGAUGCUCAGAGAAGAGAACAAGAAGCGAAGCAAGAUCAGGAAAAGAGACUUGCAAAGGCUUUGAAAGAAAGAGGGCUUCACUACAUACCAGAUCUUAGCCAUGAUGAUAUGUUCUAAUGCAGUAAAACUUGAACAGCCAGUCAGAUGCAAUUCAAAUAACUAAAUUGAUUACUGAAACUUUUUGUUAUAUUUUUCUUUAGAAUGUGAGACUCUUCAUUUUUAGAUCAGUCUCCUGUUUCAGGAUGGGAGAUAAAGAGGUUGAUAAUUUAAAGCUUUUCACAGCCAUUAUCUUUUAAAAUGUGAUUGUGUUGAGAGGAAGUGUUUCUAAAGAUGAUGGCAUGGGAAAAGAAAAGAAGUCAAAAUAAUUUUUUGGUUCCUAUAUUGCUGUUUAAGUAUUUUGUAUAAUUUUGUCAGAAUUGUUUUGAGAAUUUGUCAUUUUGAAUACAGCAAAAACCAUCCAUUCAUAUUUUUCAUUUUUUUUUUUUCAAAACUGAUGUGUUUAAACCACAUUCACAUUGUAAAAUACUCUGUAAAUUUGUUUGAAAUAAUGAAGUCUAGGAAUAUUAAAAUGUCAUAAUGUAUUUAAAUAAAUGGAUUUGUGGUUCUGAAGUACAUUUUCUUCAAUC